AUGUCCGGAAUUCCACCUCCAUGUGCCCCAGCAGCUCCGGCAGCAGCCCUGCAGCGACACAGGCGGAAGAGAACUCACUGCACCCUGGAGGGAAGCGUUUCAACCCGUGACGGACACUGGGCCAUGCAGGGCGUAAGGUUCUUUGUGCUGGGCGCAUCCAACUGGAUCAACGAUGAUCCUUGGCCAAGCUGCAUCGAGCAUCGAAAGCCCCCUGCGAGCGUAGUGAUGAACCGAAAGAGUCCAGGCCUACGUGGCACUUUCGCCAGUUGGCUGAGGGACAUGGCUGGAGACGGGUCUGUCACGUCAGUGUCUGCUUUCACUGCUGCGAUGAACUCCAGGGACGUGCGACAGCUUGGCCAAGCUGGGCCCUGCGAGGUCCAAGGUGCCAUCCAGGCUCUGGAACGUUUCGUUGCUGACGUGGCCACCACGGACGGUGACAUCCCAUCCUUUGUGGCGGUGCGGGGGGGGGCACUGUUGCGCUCGCAGUUGGGCGAUGCCGCCUUUCAAACAACAGCUCUUUGGUUGGACCUCAGCGUGGACGAGCUGAUGACGGAAACGGCAACGGCGCUGCAGGGGGUCAAGGCGUUUCUGGAGACCCGAGAGAUUUCGGGUCCGCAGCCCUUGUUGCAGACCUUGCUUCCAGCUUUACAAGGACAAGAGGCCUUGAAGGUGGUGAUUUGCGGUCCAGCCGAUGAUCCAGCAAUAGGUGCAGCUCAUGAUCAGCUCUCCUCCCUUCUACAGCUGGCAAAAACAGCAGAGGAUGCUGCCAGCUGUCUGGAGCUGUCUUCCUUGGUUCCACAGCAAGGUGUCCUUGGCGACCUGCUGGCAUCUGCCUUUCAGGACAUCCGUUGCUCGCACAUUGCGUUGUCUGAAUUUCUCACUGGCGAGGUUUGCUUGAAGGACUUCGGCUUCCCGGGUCACAUCCUGCCAAAGUUGCACAUGAAAUACCAGGUGACCAACCAGGAUCGGGUGAAGCUUCAUCUCGUUGCGGAGAGUGCCAUGGAAGACUUCGAGGCCCGAGGAUGGAGCAGCAGCAGUCGAAGCGGAGUCCUUCAUCUGGCAGAUUGCUAUGAGCUUCCACCAGAGGUGUUGACCACCAGCAGCGUGCGAAGCUUUGCGCGAAGUCAAGAUCAGCACGACCCACUGGUGCGAACCAUUGCUAGGCUGAGAGAAGAUGUGUCCUGCGCAGUUGCUUUGCUGCCGCUCUGUGCCACGCAUCCUUUCAACAUGAUCCGAGUGCUUCAACUUGGAGGCAUCCAUUCCCUGCUGGCAUUGCUGGCGGAUUCGUCCUCGCUGGCGGAGCGUCGUGGUGAAGCCAUGGAGGAGCUAUCAGAUGCGGAGAUCUCUGCCAUGGUGCUGAUGGUGCUUUGUGCCUCCAGCGCCAUCCGCCGCUUCUUGGUCUCGCAGGGCAUCUUCGAGCUCUUGGCGGUGGCUGUCAGGUAUCCGAGCAGCAGCCGACAACUUCAGAUCUUCUGUGCCUUGUUGGUGCGGCUCCUUCGAGAUCCGGAGCAUCGCCCACAGCAACUGGGUCAGCCACUGGCGGAACAACUUGGGGACCUUUUGCAACGCCCCGACGCGACUUUGAGCGCGCAAGCUGUGGCGGCUGCCAGCGCGGCGUUGUCGCCGUUUUUACCCGUGGAGGCCUUCGAGCCGCUGCUGCCGCAGCUGGGCAGUGCUGCUCGAACCCCUGAGGCCUUCAAGGCGCUCUGUGCAUCGCUGACGCUGUCUGUAUCCACGGGCGACGUGUCACGGCUGAACGUGCCACGGCUGCUGUCCUUGAUUCCUGUGGAUCCACCCAAGGGCAUCCUCUUUCACCACGGGGCUUUGUGCGCCUUGGCCCUCUGCGGCCGCACGGCGGCCAUGACGUCGCUAUGUCGUCCCUGGGUGGUGAGCGCUGCAAUGGCCUUGCUUCGCAGUGCCAUGACGUCACCUUUGCUUCCGCUGAAAGAGCUGAAGGUGGCGCUGCCAUUGGCGAUGGCGGCAGACGAAGCUGCGCCGCCAAACCCAACGGGGGCCACAGAGCUGAACUGCGAGGUGGAGGAGAAGAUGCGAAUGAAGAGGACCUUCGGUGGCACCUGGCGCACCGCCACUCCGGAGCCAGACACGGGACCCGUGCUGUCAACGCCACGGCUGCGGAAGCAGCGGCUGCUUGGGCUGGCGCAGCGCUGGCCCAGGGAGCAGCUAGCGGCGUCGCCCAAUGCGGCGGAUUUUCAGGAGAGGCCCCAAGUGCGACUGGAAAUUUUCGAUGAGCACACCGAACUCUUCUUGGCUCUUUCUGCGCUGCCAGUGUGCAAGUGCCCCUCGUCCGAUGCCUCGCCGGAAGGGCAGAUGGGUUUUUGGAUCUGCGAGUGCCCUGAGGAGCAGCGCGACAAGCACCAGCUGGACCUCAAAGCUGCAGUGCACGUAAGCGCCUCCACGAGUCAUGCCGAGCAUCUGGUGUCUGUGGCCUUGCCACGGGGCCUCUAUACCUUGGUGCCCUUCAGUUCGCACCAGGUCGCCGAUGCGACAAGGAUCAAGGCCCAGUGCCGAAAGCAGUUGUGCGGCUGUGUGGACUUGAACUUGCAUCAGAAGGACUUCUAUGAACUAGGCACUCGGUUUCUGUAUCUAUCGAUUUGGGGCGAGGCCACGGAGAUUUCGAUCCAGGCCACGCAGCCUUGGUUUCAACGGCUGCGUUUGCGCUGGCCGUUGUUGACCGCGGCAAUGCCGCUCUGGCUUUGUCCCAAAGCUGCCACGGAGGUCUUGAUUUGCAUCACCGGCGAUGAGGAAGAAUCGCUGCGACACAGCGAGCCUUGCUUAGACCUGUGGCCUCUGGUGCCCCACCGGCGCGUGCGAAACGAACGCACGGGUGCCUUGCGCAUCCACAUCCCACGGCUGACUGGGAACUUGCGCAUCACUUGUAUGUGGCAGGAGCCCCAAGACUGUGAGAGAACACCGCAGCUGCUGGUUUACUCUUCGGAUCCCUUGGAGGCUUUUGCCCCCAGGAAAUCCUCGCCAGAGCUCUCGCUUCCGCCUGGAGCCUGUGAGAUGCCAAGAGAGAUCCAGAACUUUUGGCAGUCCUCAGUUCUGUGUGCUGGAUCUUGGACUUCAGGCUUCUCCAGCGGCUUCGGCAGCCUGCGAAAUCCGCAGGUGGUCCUGGAAGUGAUUCGUGGCCCGUCGCGUGGGGAGGAAUUGCAACUGGAAAUCUACCUCUGCAUCCCAGCAAGAAAAGACAAGGAGGCGGCUCGUCCCAAGGCCAGUUUCACCAUCUUCGCGCGGCAGGAAGAGUCGGGGCGCGCACCGGGCGCGCCCGAGCGUCUCGCGGAAGGGGUCUUGAGGCGAGAACUAGCCAGGGCCAAGACUGCCGUGGGCAGUUAUGUCAUGACAUCACUAAGCCUCUGCGGAGCGGAGUCGCGACAGCAACUCUACUGCGUCCUGCAGAAUGAUGCCCUGCAGGAGACUUGGCCUUGGCAGCUGCGGAUCCUGGCGAGGAUAAGGGCAAAAGAUGGUGAAGCUGGGCAGGCUGGAUUGUCUCAGCCCGUGGGGACACCCGAUGAGCCCCCGUUGCGCUGUGCUGUGCUGGGAGGUUGGGCGGAGCCUGGACGUAUCUACACCUGUUGGCCGGAGGGGGUGGCGUCCUACUCUCCGAAACGUCGCGCUUCCGUCCAGUUGGCCGAAGAUGAAACGGCAGGACGGGGCGUCGAGCAUCUGAGCUACGCCUGGAUGCGGGACGAGUGGAGCUACGAAGCACCACAGGUCGAUCUCAGCAGCGGCGCCCUGGUCCAAACGACGUCCUCGGCGUCGCCGUCGUCAUGGCCGCCUGUGGAGCCCCUGCCACAGCUGGAGGCGGGUGAGGAGAUGGACGUGACGACUCAGCUGGUGCCGCCCCAGAUCCAGGUAGAUCCGGAGGACGCGCCCGAGCGGCCUCAGACCUUGGCACAGCGGAUGCCAACAAGGAAAGCUUCAGCGGUGCCUCCCCUGCCGAAACGCCUGGUGCUGCGCUCCGAUCCACCCGCCUCGCCGGCCACAGAGACCCCGACGCCGGAAAACGACGACGUGCGGCCCGUGCGCAACGCGGCAGUGCCAAGGCCGGCAGAGCUGGAUGCGAAGCCACCCUCGCCGCUUGCACCUCCCUCGCAGCUGCAGCGCCGGGCGCGGAUGGAGCAGUUGCUGCGACGGCGGAAACACGGACGCGAACGCAUUAUGCCGGAAGCUGAAUUCUACCGUGAGGCGGUGCGACCAGGGAGGCAACAUUCAGCGAGCUUGCCACCUGGACCUCGGGCCACUGAGCACGGUGAGCGCGCCGACGCGGAAGGCGGCGAGUGGAACGGGCAGAACGGACCUUCUUCGGCCCGGGGCACGAGAAGCCCUUCACUGCCGCCCAUCGAACAGGAGCUCCGUUGUUGCAACUUUGCCGGCCAUCCGGUCUUCUGCUGUCGCGGUGCUGCGGCCAGCGAGCACCAGGCCGUGCGCCGUCACCUGGUGCGCCUGCAGCGUGACGCGCCGGACAUGCAACGCCUGGGCUUCGGCAACGUGGUGGCGGGGCCGCCGCACGCCCCAGCGACCCGCCCCAGUGCUGAUCAUCAGCUGGAUCCGCGCUGGAGCGCUAGCGUCCUGGAACGCCACUGCGCCCGAAGGCAUGGCGGUCCCCGUGCAGUCGGCCAUCGUCUCCGUCAAUGGGGUCUCCGGCAACGUGCAGAAGAUGCGAGAAGAGCUACGAAGCCAGGAGGUGGAGUUGGAGGUACUGGCGCCCGAACGCUGGCGAUACGCACAGGUCUCGUUCCGAGUCGUUCCGAGGGUGACGAGAUCGGCGUGAGGUUUCCAUGAGAUUUCCCUCAGUUGGAAUGGCAGGGUGAAACGGCCCUGGAACUGGGAUACCUUGAUUCAGAUUCAGUUCCUUGCGCGUCAUUGUUCUGAAGCGGCCAGAGGAU